CUGAGUGUGAGCGAGAUGAAGGAUAUCGUCACGCAAGAUGCUCCUAAAAGGAUAAAGCAUGUUCAAUUCUCUACUUUAUCCCCUCAAGAACUUGUUAAAAUAUCUGAAACUGAAGUUACACACAAUGGUUUAUACAAUCCAACUCCAGAUAGAGCUCCUCAGAGGAAUGGUGUACUUGAUAGGCGUUUUGGUACUUCAGAUAAAUCUGGUAGCUGUGAUACCUGUGGAGAAUCCAUGGCUGAGUGUGUUGGUCACUAUGGUUACAUAAAAUUGGCUUUACCAGUUUUCCAUAUUGGUUAUUUUAGAGAUAUUAUUGCAAUUUUACAAGAUAUUUGCAAGAAUUGCGCUAGAGUUCUCUUAACUGAAGAACAACGUAGGUCUUAUCUUAAAAGGUUCAGAAGGCCUAACCUUGAAAACCUACAACGUCAAACGGCUUGUAAAGCUGUAAACACUGCAUGUCGUAAGAAUCUCUAUUGUCCAUACUGUCAAUCAACAAACGGUGUCGUUAAAAAGACUGGUUUACUUAAAAUCGUUCACGAAAAGUUUAGAGCAAAGAAAACACAAGGUGAACAACAAGAAUUCGUCAACACUUUCAAUACUGCCAUCAAUAUGAGUAAAGAAAUCGCUCCUCAUCUUAACAAAGCUCAAGACGAUCUUAAUCCACUUCGUGUUCUUGACUUAUUCACUCGUAUCUCCAAUGAAGAUUGUGAAUUACUUGGUAUGAAUCCAAAAGAAGCUAGACCAGAACAGUAUGUUUGGCAAUAUAUGCAUGUUCCACCCGUAUGUAUAAGACCUUCGGUUGCACAAGAUGGUGCCACAAAUGAAGAUGAUAUUACCGUUAAAUUAGGUGAAAUCGUCCAAACUUCUCAAAUUAUUAAAAUGGGUAUGAGCUCAGGUAAAUCAACAACUUCACAACUUAUGGAGCAAUGGGAAUUACUUCAAUUAGCUUGUGCAAUGUAUAUUAAUGCUGAAAUGCCCGGUGUACCAAGUGAUAAAGCCACAAAACCGAUCAGAGGUUUCGUUCAACGUUUAAAGGGUAAACAAGGUCGUUUUAGAGGUAAUUUAUCUGGUAAACGUGUUGAUUUCUCCGGUCGUACAGUUAUUGGGCCUGAUCCAAACUUAAGUGUUAAUGAAGUUGCUGUUCCACAACGUAUCGCUAAAGUUUUAACAUACCCGGAACGUGUAUUUGAGCAUAACAUUGAAUCUCUAAGACAAGCAGUAAGAAAUGGUCCUGAUGUUCAUCCAGGUGCGAACUACGUACAAAAUGGUGGUGUUAAUGGUUUCAAACGUUUCUUGAAAUUUGGUAAUAGAGAAGAAAUUGCCAAUAGACUUCGUAUUGGUGAUAUCGUUGAAAGGCAUUUACGUGAUAGAGAUUUAAUACUCUUCAAUCGUCAACCAAGUUUACACAGAUUAUCUAUCAUGUGUCACUAUGUUAAGGUUAGACCAUGGAGAACUUUAAGGUUGAACGAAUGUGCUUGUAACCCCUACAACGCAGAUUUCGAUGGUGAUGAAAUGAAUAUGCACGUUCCACAAACAGAAGAAGCAAGAACAGAAGCUCAAGAAUUAAUGGGUGUAAAGCAUAACAUGGUAACACCACGUAAUGGUGAACCAAUUAUUGCAGCUAUUCAAGAUUUCAUUACUGCUGCUUAUUUACUAUCAAAGAAAGAUUACUUACUAGAUAGACAAGAAUUCUCACAAGUUGUUUCAUACCUUGAUCAUGCAAAUAUGCACAUUGAUUUACCACCACCUGCUAUUCUCAAACCCAAGAGAAUGUGGACUGGAAAACAAAUUCUAAGUAUACUUAUGCGUCCAAAUAAAUCAAGUCCGGUUCUUGUUAAUUUGGAAGCUAAAAACCGUACAAAUCAUCCACCACCAAAGGGUAUGUUACCUGAUAUGUCAUCAAAUGAUGGUUACUUGGUUAUUCGUAAUUCACAAAUCAUGUGUGGUCAUUUUGAUAAAGCUACAGUUGGUGAUGGUAAAAAGAAUUCAGUAUUCGGUGUUAUCUUACGUGAUUAUGGUCCUGAUGAAGCGGUUAAUGCUAUGAAUAGGCUAGCACGUGUUUGUGCACGUUGGUUAGCAUCUGUUGGUUUCUCUUUGGGUAUAAGUGAUGUUAUGCCAAGUAUGGACCUUCGUAAACGUAAGGAAGUCCUUGUAGAGGAAGCCUAUGCUCAUUGUAAUGAUUUGAUCGAAAAAGCAAAAUAUGGUAAACUCGAAAAUCAACCGGGUUGUGAUCAAGAACAGACAUUGGAAUCACUGAUCUCUGGUAUUCUUUCGAAAGUUCGUGAUGUCGUCGGUGCAAGUUGUAUGGAGGAAUUAAGUAGAUAUAAUGCUCCUUUAAUUAUGGCAACAUGUGGUUCAAAAGGUUCUGUUAUUAACGUUUCUCAAAUGGUUGCUUGUGUCGGUCAACAAAUUAUUUCCGGUAAACGUGUUCCAAAUGGUUUCCAAGAUAGAUCAUUACCACACUUCCCAAAGAAAGCUAAAGAUCCACCUUCAAAAGGUUUCGUUCGUAAUAGUUUCUUUUCGGGUCUUUCACCACCAGAAUUUUUAUUCCACGCUAUCUCAGGUCGUGAGGGUUUGGUUGAUACAGCCGUUAAAACAGCUGAAACAGGUUACAUGCAAAGAAGAUUGAUGAAAGCGCUUGAAGAUCUUUCAGCCCAUUAUGAUAGAUCUGUCAGAACUUCAAGUGGAAUUGUUGUACAAUUCUUAUAUGGUUCGGAUGGUCUUGAUCCAGUUUCACUCGAAGGUGAUGGUCAACCAGUUGAAUUCCUUCGUAGUUGGAAACAUACUAAAGCUAUACUUGAUUCUAGUAAACAUGAGCGUGGAAUGCUUCCAUUUGAAAUUACAGAACACGUUGAUAAAGAACUGAGAACUAAAAGAUGGAUGAAAGAGUGUACACCUCAUUAUCUUUCAACUAUUCGUAACUUUAUAUUCUCAAGCAUAACAAAGAAAUUAGCUGAUUUGAGAGAUGCUCAUGGUAUGUUUGAUGCUCUCACUAAAUCUGAUGAAUGGGAUGAAGAAACGGAUCUCAAUAUGGGUGCAGCAGACUUUGAAAAAGCAAUUGUUGAUAAUAAGGCAAAAGUUACCUUACCACAAUUACAGGAAUUUUUGAAUAUUUGUUGGCAAAAGUAUGUAAAAUCAAAGGUCGAACCUGGUACCACAGUUGGACCAAUUGGUGCACAAUCUAUUGGUGAACCUGGUACACAAAUGACAUUGAAAACAUUCCACUUUGCUGGUGUUGCAUCCAUGAACGUAACGCUUGGUGUACCACGUAUUAAAGAAAUUAUUAAUGCGGCUAAAGCUAUUAGUACACCAAUUAUUUCAUCAAAAUUAUAUGAUGAUCAAUCUGAAUCAGCUGCACGUAUCGUAAAAGGUAGACUUGAAAAGACGUACUUAGGAGAUAUUGCUUCUCAUAUUGAAGAAUCUUACAGAGGUGAUUGCAAUGCAGUAUCAGUAUUUGUUGAUAUGGAUGCUGUACAGAAGUUGCAAUUAGAGCUUAAGUUAUCAGAUAUUGCAACAGCUAUUGCUAAAGAUAAGAAACUGAAAGUAAAGAAAGAGGAUAUUAAAGAGAACUAUACUAAGAAUAGAAUUAGAAUUUCAGUUAAAUUAGGACCAGAUGCUUUCCACAUUACUAGGCAUCUUAGACGUAAUCUUGAACAUGUUGUUGUUGCAGGUAUACCUGGUAUAACAAGAGCUAUUAUCAACAUUAAUGAAAAGGAAAAUAAACGUAAAGAAUUACUUGUUGAAGGAUAUGGUUUAUUAGAUGUUAUGACAACCGAAGGUAUCAUUGGUACACGUACAAGUUCUAAUCACGUUAUGGAAGUACAAAAUGUAUUAGGUAUAGAAGCAGCUAGAAGUUCAAUUAUCAAUGAAAUUGAUAAUGUCAUGUCUUCUCACGGUAUGGGUAUCGAUAAUCGUCACAUUCAGUUAUUGUCAGACAGUAUGACAUUCAAGGGUGAAGUACUUGGUAUUACAAGAUUCGGUGUUGCUAAAAUGAAAGAUUCUGUAUUGAUGUUAGCAUCAUUCGAAAAGACAACUGAUCAUUUAUUCAAUGCUGCAUUCCACGCUAAACGUGAUGCAAUUGAAGGUGUUUCUGAAUCGAUUAUCAUGGGUAACCCUGCAGAAAACUGUGGUACAUCUAUGCCUUCACUUAUUCUUCCUAAACCAAAUUUACCACCAACACGGAAGCUCAUCUUUGAAUCAGCUUUUAAAUCCUCAUCAAAGCAUGCUAGACCUAUUGUAUUUUAA